AGGAGGAAAAGCUGUCAGAAAUUGUUUAUUUUCAUUCAAAAUUUCACUCCGCUUCUUCAUCCGGCUAUCUUUUGAAAAAGUUACUCAAAAUCAAUUAUCACGGUACGAUAGAAAAGUCUUGCAUACUCUAUUAUACUAUUUGAGCCGUUUUUCGAGAUGGUUGACGACGCCGGAGACUACAAAGAGACAAAUAACCAUCUAAUACAAGGGCGACGCAUUUGCCAGACUAAUGAAGCGCAAUGGAUGUGCAUUGAAGAGAUAUAUGAAAAGAUGUACCGCCCCAACUUCUACGACAUUGGCGGUACAUUCAUCCAGGACCUGGCAGAUUACUGGUUCACCUGCAAAAUUGAAGUAGUUGGCACCAAUUUCUUACUUCACUUGUUUGUCCGCAACAGACAGGAGUCCUCAUACUUCAUCAUGCUGAGCGAUGGCAAUGACAUCACCCUGGACAAGAAGAAUAACAUAGCAUACUUGUCGUCAUACCUCAAGGAGUUUGAGAUUCACAAAGCUGAGGAGCUUACCGAGACCUACAUCACUACUUACUCUUUCACAGAUGUAGAUGUGGAGACAAUGAAGGAUAAAGUAUUGUACAUAGGAGUGAAGUUCCCCCUAGCCUCCACCUUCCGCCAGGAGAUCAUAGACAACAUCAAGGCAGCUUAUGACUUUGGUGAUCUAUUGUCUGAUCCCAUUGGAUCAGAUUUCACCAUAGAGUCAAUGGAUGGAGAGAAGUUCCAGGUGCACAAGGCACUACUUACCGCACACAGCGAGGUGUUCAAGGCCAUGCUCAAAGAGGAAACUGCAGAGAGCUUGAACAACUAUGUGAAGCUCAUAGAUGUGAGUGCCGAGGACCUGCAGAGUAUCCUGCAGUUCAUCUACACGGGAACAGUGAAGGACAUUGAGGAAUGCAACAGCAUCAACUUGCUCAUGGUGGCAGACAAGUAUGACCUCAUUGGCCUGCGACACUUGGCAGAGUAUGCCCUCAGGGAACAGAUCAACCUGGAGAAUGCAUUUGAAACACUAACUGUAGCAGACAUGUACAAUUCUAACAGUCUCAAAACUGCAGCUUUGAAAUACAUUAAGAAAAACCCAAAAGUGCUAAAAUCUAGUGCUUUUAAGGAGAUUCUAAAUGCUGAUUUAGUCAGGGAGGUGUGCCAGUUUAUAGCGCCUAGUUAAAUGUUUUUAAUUAUGUAUUGUUUAUCAAUAUUAUAUUUAUGUUUUGGUGCUUAAUUUAUUAAAUUUGUAUUAGCAUUUAAGUCUACAGUUUAUGUUAAUGAAUUAAAAAACAAUUGGAAAAACAUAAAAAUAAACUUUAUUUGAUGUUAAAACAUA